UCCACCUGUGUUGGCGCUGGCGUUUUCAGUGAUCACGAGAGAGGAGUGUGAUUCCCCUCAUCCACUCUGCAUUUCUGCUAAUCACAUGACGAGUGUGCAAAGUUGACGGGCAUUGAUUUCUUUAGACACAUCCAGUUAUUUUGUGUGGCGAUGACAGCUUUUCUGUAAAAUUCUGACCGUCAGUGUUACCUCCAGUUUUCUCUGAAUGCAAAUCUUACUAAGUCUGUCACCAGAAAAGUUUGAUACUGGACAAAAACUGGGAUCGCAUGCAGUGCCAGCAUCUCUUUUGUCAAGGUUCUUCUCUGUACCAUAAAUGUCCAGCAGUCACAAUGCACAGGUGUGAAGUACUUGAAAAACUCAAAUUGAUAACGUUCACUGUCUUCUUCAGAAGCGAUGAGACACAAUAAUGAGGAGCUCAGGAUUGUGAUGGUGGGGAAGACUGGAGCUGGGAAGAGCGCCACAGGAAACACCAUACUGGGGAGAAAGCACUUUAAAUCAAAGUUCUCCCCGAUAUCUUUGACUCAACACUGUGCCAAAGCCCUUGAGGAGGUGGAUGGACAACAGGUUGCUGUUAUCGACACUCCUGGUCUGUUUGACACCAGCAAUGAUGAAGAGAAGACCUCUAAAGAUGUCGCUCAGAGCAUUUCUUAUGCUUCUCCUGGACCCCAUGUCUUUCUGGUCGUCAUCAAACUGGACAGGUACACAGAGGAAGAAAAGCAGACAGUGCAGAAGAUUCAGGAGAUCUCUCGAGAAGAAGCAGACAAGUACAGCAUGGUUCUCUUUACCCAUGGUGACCUGCUCAAAGGAGAACCUGUUGAGGAGUUCUUGGCAGACAGCAAAGACCUGCAGGAACUUGUGGCCAGAUGUAACAACCAGUACCACGUCUUCAAUAGUGACCAGCAGGAUCGUUCUCAGGUCAAAGAGCUGCUCAACAAGAUCAGAGAAAUAACAGAGAAGAACGGAGGAAGCCACUACACCACUGAGAUGUUUCAGAGGGCAGAGAAGGCGAUUGAAGAGGAGAAACAAAAAAUCCUUAAAGAGAAGGAAGAGGAAAUGCUCAAAGAGGAGGAGAAACGGAAGAAGAAAAUAGAAGAAAAGUAUGAGCAACAAAUAAAGAAAAUGGAGGCUGACAGAGAGAAGGAGAAAGAAUUAAUGGCAGCUCGUGAGAGAGAAAAAGAAGAGGAAGUGAAAAAACUGAAAGAAGAGAAGGAAAGGCAGGCUCGACGGGAAGCUGAGGAAAGUAAUGUGAUACUUAGAAUAAUUCAUGGCUUUAUUCAAGAAGUGGUGAAAAAAUUGGUGAAAACUGUGGCAUCCCGGUUGGGAUUAACUGAAAAAUGAGCUGGUUUGCAUUCAAAAUCAUGAUUUGUGAUGCAGAUUUAUCAAAUUGUUGAGACUCCUUGCAAAUCUUCACAGUCCUUUUUCUCUUGCUUGCUGUGAUUUGUAAUAGUUAGUUCAUGGGUGUUAAUAAACGUCUUUGGGUCACAGAUUGUCAGGAACAAAAAUGUUAUGAUGCUGAAGUGAUUUAACCAAAAUGAAGAAUCCUUUUCUGAGGUCAUUACGGUGUUGGUUGUAUAAGCACCUUUUCUCCUUCAAUAAAAGAUUUAAAGGAUAGUUUCUGUUUUUUCAAUUCUUAAUACAAUACGCACAUGCAGUACAUACACAGCUAAUGAAUCUCAUUCAAGGCUAUAAACAUAAACACAAACACAAAGUUAAAUAAUAAAGAAGGUCAGUUCAGAAUGAAGGC